AUGAGGAAGACUGCGAUAAUAUUUCAGCUCAUAAAGACCAUUUCUGGAUUCUCAAUUUUUACGAAAAAUGGAACAAGGAGGCAUCUAACCAAGGGAGGCCAUUGGUGGAGUACAGACUAUGGGAUAAACUACCAGCUAGCUGCUAUGUCUACAACAGGGUCUCCAUCGGAGUUUAAAAGCGAAGAGUUAUCACCUGGCAUCAAGGUUAUAAAGGAAGUGAAUAGUGACUAUGUCUUGGAUCUUCACCAUCCAAAAAAUGGUAAGACAAAGCUUAUCUAUCAUUCCAGAAAUGAUGGAUUUACACAAAAGUUUGAGAUUGGAGGAAAUAUGAAAGAUGGAUAUACAAUCAAGAACGAAGACUUGUGUUUGGAGUACGAUGACAGUGGGAGCAUAUAUGGGGCCACCUGCUCAGAGAACAGCAGGCAAAAAUUCGAUGUUAUCUACUCACCUGAAGAUCCUGAGUAUAAACCAUCUUUGGAAGAAAAUGGAUCUGUUAUGGAAAUUCCAAACACUCCAAACGCUUCUCAGAUACUCAUAUUUAAUGAAACGUCCAAAAGUAAAGAUAAGUAUGAUGAAGAUCUGGAUGAGCAUUCUCACAGACAUCAUCACCAUCAUCACCAUCCACACGAAUCACCUUACUUCACAUAUCAAAAGUACUCUGAUCAGAUCAUUGCAUAA